GCUGCCGAUGAGUUUCCGGGUCGGAGGCCUGAUUGCUUGUUGCCGUCGUUGUGUUGUUGGCCGCCGGAGGAGCGGGCGGCGGGCUCCGGUUUCUUCUUGCGGUGGCGGUACUGCUGCUGCCGUUGGUUGUUGUUGUUAUUACUGAUGCGAGAUGCCUCGGCUCGAACUGGGACCGUGAGGGGAGCGAGGCAAGAGCGGGGCGAGGGAGACAAAGACUCUUGAGGAGAGCGGCUGAGGGGGCCCGCGGGGUACGCGAGCCGGAAUAGAAGCACCAGGGAGAGCUCCGCCGUCGAAGCCGAGCAAAGGGGCAAGAAAGCGUCGAGCGAGCGAGGACUCGCUUCAGUGCCGCCCGCCCUGAGACCUCGCCCCGACUCAGUCCGAGCGGCCACCUCUCCCUUUUCCUGCGGGGAACGUCUGCUGCGUCUAACCCCCUUGCCCUCAGUGGGGGGCGGGUGGAAAGAGGAGCGGUGUUAUUACAGCUAAAGGGGCAGCAAUUACCUCAGAACGGCCGCAGGUUGGAUGGAUGGAGGCGCCGGCUGUGUGAAGACGAGGCACCAGGAGGAGGCGGGGAGCAACCCUGUUGAGGAACCGAAUAUAAAACAUGUUGCUGACCUACGCACUAACUGAUUGAAGGGGGAAAGAGGAAGCGUCACCCCAUUAAUUACAACAUGGGAAAUACAACUACUAAAUUUCGCAAAGCACUUAUAAAUGGAGAUGAAAAUUUGGCCUGUCAAAUAUACGAGAGCAAUCCUCAACUAAAAGAAUCUUUGGAUCCUAAUAUUUCUUAUGGAGAGCCUUACCAGCAUAAUACUCCAUUACAUUAUGCUGCUAGGCAUGGGAUGAAUCGAAUAUUAGGGACUUUUCUUUUUGUGAGAGAUGGCAACCCAAAUAAACGAAAUGUGCACAAUGAGACAUCUAUGCACUUGCUUUGUAUGGGACCUCAGAUUAUGAUAUCUGAUGGAGCUCUUCAGCCUCGCUUGACACGGCCAUUUGAAGAUGACUUCAGAAGAGCAGAUUGUCUACAGAUGAUCUUGAAAUGGAAAGGAGCAAAGCUUGACCAAGGAGAAUAUGAAAGAGCAGCUAUUGAUGCUGUUGAUAAUAAAAGAAAUACUCCUUUGCACUAUGCUGCUGCCUCAGGAAUGAAGACCUGUGUAGAGCUUCUGGUAAAACAUGGUGGAGACUUGUUUGCUGAAAAUGAAAAUAAAGAUACUCCCUGUGACUGUGCAGAGAAGCAGCACCACAAAGAACUGGCACUCAAUCUAGAAUCCCAGAUGGUGUUCUCGCGAGAUCCUGAAGCUGAAAGCAUUGAAGCAGAAUAUGCUGCUUUAGACAAAAAAGAGCCAUAUGAAGGACUACGACCUCAGGACCUGCGAAGACUCAAAGAUAUGCUGAUUGUAGAAUCUGCUGACAUGCUUCAAGCCCCACUGUUUACUGCAGAAGCUUUGCUUCGGGCGCAUGAUUGGGACAGGGAGAAGUUACUUGAAGCUUGGAUGAAUAAUCCAGAAAAUUGCUGCCAACGUUCAGGUGUUCAAAUGCCAACUCCACCUCCAAGUGGAUAUAAUGCCUGGGACACACUUCCUUCACCAAGAACUCCUCGGACUACUCGCUCUUCUGUCACUUCCCCAGAUGAAAUCAGCCUUUCACCAGGUGACAUUGAGACAACCAUGUGUGAAAUUUGUAUGUGUACUAUUUCUGUAUUUGAAGACCCAGUGGAUAUGCCUUGUGGACAUGAGUUUUGUAGAGCAUGUUGGGAGGCGUUUUUGAAUAUGAAGAUUCAAGAGGGCGAAGCCCACAACAUUUUUUGCCCGGCAUAUGAUUGCUUCCAACUUGUUCCAGUGGAGAUCAUAGAAAGUGUGGUUUCCAAGGAGAUGGAUAAACGUUACCUGCAAUUUGAUAUUAAGGCUUUUGUUGAAAAUAAUCCCUCUAUUAAAUGGUGUCCUACACCAGCUUGUGAAAGAGCAGUCAGGCUAACAAGACAAGGGUCAAAUACGACAGGUUCAGAAGCACUUAGUUUCCCGUUGCUAAGAGCCCCUGCUGUGGAUUGUGGGAAAGGGCAUCUUUUCUGCUGGGAGUGUCUGGGUGAAGCACAUGAACCUUGUGACUGUGAAACAUGGAAAAACUGGCUGCAGAAGAUAACAGAAAUGAAACCUGAAGAGCUUGUGGGAGUUAGUGAGGCUUACGAAGAUGCUGCCAACUGCUUAUGGUUACUCACAAACUCUAAGCCAUGCGCCAAUUGCAAAUCUCCAAUUCAGAAGAAUGAAGGCUGCAACCAUAUGCAAUGUGCAAAAUGUAAAUAUGAUUUCUGUUGGAUUUGCCUUGAAGAAUGGAAGAAGCAUAGUUCUUCCACUGGAGGUUAUUACAGAUGUACUCGCUAUGAAGUAAUUCAACAUGUAGAGGAACAGUCCAAGGAAAUGACAGCAGAGGCUGAAAAGAAACACAAAAGAUUUCAAGAACUUGAUAGAUUUAUGCACUAUUACACAAGGUUUAAGAACCAUGAGCUCAGCUAUCAAUUAGAACAGCGCCUUCUCAAAACAGCCAAAGAAAAGAUGGAGCAGCUGAGUAGAGCUCUCAGUGGACCGGAAGGCGGUUGCCCAGAUACUACGUUCAUUGAAGAUGCGGUACAAGAACUCCUCAAAACCCGACGCAUUCUGAAGUGUUCUUACCCAUACGGGUUCUUUCUAGAACCGAAAAGCACAAAGAAAGAAAUAUUUGAACUUAUGCAGACAGACCUUGAAAUGGUUACAGAGGACCUUGCUCAGAAAGUGAACAGGCCUUACCUUCGUACACCUCGUCAUAAAAUUAUCCGUGCAGCCUGCCUUGUGCAGCAGAAGAGGCAGGAGUUCUUGGCCUCUGUGGCCCGGGGUGUUGCACCUGCAGAUUCUCCAGAAGCUCCAAGGCGCAGCUUUGCUGGUGGAACAUGGGAUUGGGAAUAUUUAGGAUUUGCAUCCCCUGAGGAAUAUGCUGAAUUUCAGUAUCGGAGGAGGCACAGACAACGCCGACGUGGAGACAUGCACAGUCUGCUUAGUAAUGCUCCAGACCCCGAUGACCCUAGUGAGAGCACACUAGAUACCCAAGAAGCUGGCAGUAACAGAAGACAUGGCAAUUCCAUGGUGAGUUCAGCUUCCAUGAGUAUCCUUCACAGUUCUUCUCUUCAUGACUAUACUCCUGUUAGUCACUCUGAAAACCAAGAUUCUCUGCAGGCUCUGAGUUCCUUGGAUGAAGAUGAUCCAAACAUUCUGCUUGCUAUUCAGCUAUCAUUGCAAGAAUCUGGCUUGGUUAUCGAUGAAGAAACUAGAGACUUUCUGACUAAUGAAGCUUCCUUAGGAGCAAUAGGUACUUCUUUGCCUACAAGGUUGGACUCUGGUCCCAUAAAUAUAGAUAAUCCAAGAGCUGCUCUUAGUAGCUCUGAACUUUUAGAACUUGGUGAUAGUCUGAUGAAACUAAGUGCAGACAGUGAUCCCUUUUCAGCUGAUCACCUUAGUUCUCAUACCUUCAGUGAUGCAAGAAGUGGCUUGUAUUCAACAUCUAGUGAAGCUGAUUCAAGUAGCCAAGACCCCAAUAUAAAUGAAAAUCUCCUUGGAAACAUAAUGGCCUGGUUUCAUGAUAUGAAUCCUCAGAGUAUUGCACUCAUUCCUUCAGCAACUACAGAAACAGAUGACAAUUCACAGCAACCCAGUACUGAAGAUGGUUCAGUGGAGCAACAGCAUCUCCCUGACGUAAGACAGGAACCUGUGGAGGAACAUGCACUUUUUGAGGAUGCACUCAAAAACGAAGGCAGAGGCACCCAAACAGAAGAGAGUGCUUCUGCUGGGGACAUGAUUACAGGAGAAGCAAUGCCACAAAGUGGGGACUCUACUGGGGAGGCAGACAGUCAAGCUGAUGCUUCAGGAGAUGUUUCAAAUCAAACACCUCCAACAGCAACUGAAUGGACUGAACAUGUACAUUUGGUGUGAUCACAAAAAGUUUGAAUACAGGAAUUGAUUAUGGAGCCAAAAUGGCUGGGCAGUUGCCAGCGGUACACUAUGUGGAGUAAAUAUUCUAGAGACUUUGGUCCACGUAAGCAGAGCUCGGUUGUUUACAAGUGUUGGAGAGAUGGAAUGAAUAGGAAUUCCCUUGAAGUUCUAUAUGAUGACUAUCUGAACCUUUCAGGGAGUUUCCAUUACAUUUGACAGUAAAUGUCUUGCUUGCUUUGAAGGGAGAGGAAUAGCUUGUACUCCACAUUCCUAAUACAAUGCAGCAUCUAUUUAGCCUUAGGCUGGUGAUCCUUAACUUGAAAGUAUGGAUUAAAGGCUUACUGAGACUCAUUUGCAUUAUUGAUCCUAAGAAAUCAUUUUUUCCGUUUCUCCCCUAUUUGAAUUGUCUUUUAACAAACAAGAUUUAGUAGUAUUUUUUAUACCUUGCUUUUCCAUAUUAUUUCCCCAACUAAUAUCUAACUAGCAGAGUAAAUUGAGGUAUAUAAUACUUCUCUUUAGUACUGCUUCAGAACCCACAGAGAGAAAAUUAUUUUCUAAUUAAAAUGAACUUUUUCAUGUCUUUAUGUCUAUUUACAGUACAAAUGUGCCAAACUGUGAAUAGCAAACCAACUUCAGCAGAAAAAGUAUGCAGUAUUGCUCUUGUAAAACUAAACCAUAAUUCUUAGUGAUGGAAAGACCACUUGAAAGAACUGCUUUUUCAAAUUUAACUGGCAUUUAUUGCCAUGGUGACUGCAUUAACAGAACCUGUACCUUAAGUUAAUUAAGCCUAAUUCUACUGUUAAGAACAGUUAUUUUAGACAGUUGAUUAGCAGCAAGUAUGCUGUAUUAAAAAUACACUUUAAUGGAAGUGCAAUCAUAGUUCUUUGUUUUUCAUAAUUAACAAUGCAUUCUAUGCACUAGUAGUGCAGUUGGUUUUAACAGUAACAUUUUAUAAAAUAAAGACAUUUGAAAUUUCCUUAAGUUAGAGGCAUUCCCAUAAGGGUUAAUAAUACAUAUUACAUGCAACAUGUUACUGUGCCUUUGCCUAACCCAAAUAGAUAGUUGCCACAGUUAAAUGAGUAAUAGUUCUCUGUUCUGGAGUUUACUAUGCUAUGAAUUGCAAAAACCUCCAUAAAAACCACUCAUGGCCUUGCCUUUCCAGUAAAUAAUUGCAUAGGGUACAAUUCUUCCCCAUGCAGGUGCAGUGCCUUACACACAGAAGGAUCUCUAUAGAGCUCAACUGAGUCUCAUUUUUUCCCUUUCUGUUCCCCACCUCCAGCAUGUGUGAAAGGUCUGUGUGUGCCUCCAUUGAGUGAAGUUCUGUGAGUUCCAACUUCCAUAACUUGAUUGGGCAGAGAGGGAGGAACAAGAACAGGGAAGUGCACACAUAUUGGGUGGCGUUCUGCCAUGCACACACUUUGAGAGAGAGGAGAAAUAGGACUCUUUAGAACAGCCUUUCCCAACGUGGUACUCUCCAGGUGUGUAGGAUUAGAACUCUCAUCAUCCCUGGCCAGCAUGGGAAUUGUAGUCCAACACAUAUGGAAGGCUGCUUUAGAACCGUGUGCAGAUCCCUCUGUAGGCAGACACUGUGCCUGUCCAGGAAGUAUUGUACCCUAAGUGUUCAGAGAUUUUAUAUAAAUAGCAAAACACUACUGUGUAUUCUUUCAAUUGCACAAUAUUCGUUUGGUGUGUGGUUGCUGUUUCAUGUAUAAAGAAGAAGAAAAAUAACUUCCCUAGUGGUGUCCUACUGUGAAGAAAAUUCUUGUUGAGAUUGGCUUAAAAGCAUCAAAAUCUCAUUGUAAGUUACAGUGAUGCAGUUUGUAAUUUUACCUAGAAGAAAUUGUUUAAAUUACUAUUUUGCUUGCAUUUAAUCAAAGCCUAGGAUAACACAAGCAAAAUAAGUGAAAUGCUCCAUUUUUAUGUUUGACAAUAUGAGAGAUCAUCUGAUGUUUGUUAUAAAGGUUUCUCGCUACUGACUGUAUAUAGUAAAGUAUUAUGAUGGCAAAUAAGGUUGUAUGUAUAUUGAUUACCAUAAGUUACAAGAAAAAGUGUUAACUCUUUCAUUUAAAGAUUACUGUUGGAAUCUUGCAGUCCCUGUGGCUCAUAAUAUUAAAUAACAACAUAUUAAUUAUUUACUCCAAAAUUUAAAAAACACAAAUGUUUCUUCUGGAAGUUUCUUUAGAAGGAAUAGUUUGCUGCUCUAUUACCGUAUUCUGUAGAUCCAUUACAUUUUCUAGCUUAGCUUCUAAUUGCCCUAUCCCAAAAAUAUUGGUGUUGAACUCCCUUUUUCAAGCCUUGGAAAACUCUAUUUAAACAACUGACUGGUAUCAAACCCUCUUAACCUAAAAUAGGACUUGAAGGUUCUGUCCUCAUUAAUUGGUCUUAUACAUUAAUUUGAAAUACACAUACUGCUUCCUUGAUUUAUAAUUUCCAAAUAGGAUGAUUUUCAUGCAGAUUUUGUGUAUUGCAUUAAGAUGUCUUGCAAAGCUAAGAGAAGAUAUGUACGAGUGCUCUCUGUGAUGAUAGUGAAGUUUGUGGGUUCUGGUUUUUCUGUAACUUGGUUUAGAUUGUGCAGUAUAUUCCAUUGUUUCUGUGUUAACUUUAUUCUGAGCAUGAAAUUUAGCAUAUUAAAUUUGUAUUUUCUUGGUACUUAUUUAAAAUUUAAGACCACCCCAGUAAUUGAAUUUACAAUUCAAAAUGAAAGUUUGGCAAGCCUAUUUUGUAAACCAAUUAAUUUUAUAAUGUAAAAAAAAAUACUCUAAUCUUGAAAAUGCUAUUUGCACUUUCAUAGUCUAUACUUGAUACAUUCCCACUUUAUAUACAGUAGGAUAUUACAACCAUGUAGAUGUUUGGCCAAAUGAAUGCUGUUAAUAAUAUGUAAAAUUCUUUGAUUAAACAUUUAUUACUUAAACUAA